AUGUCUGUGGUUGAUCUUACUAUGCAGCUGCCCUUUCAGGCACAUGUGAAACAUGACCCAAGGUCUGCUUCGUCUGUGCUCGCCCUGGCAGAUGCACUCGACAGUUGCGACGAUGAAUAUCUACGCAAAUGUAUUCCUCUGCUGGGCGGAACCAUGUUAGUAUUAGCGCUGAACAGUGAGAGCAACCUCUCAUACACUGGUAGUCUGAUGAUACUCCACAUGUUCGAGUUGGGCUGCUUAGGGGGCUUGCAUCACUCCCCCUACGUUUGGGGUCAUAUGGACUUCGCGUUUUGCAGAGCCGAGCCCAAACUCUGCCAGCAAGGCGUUCUCCUUCCAGCAAUGACAAAGCGUGUCACGGAGUUGCUGAAAUGUAGACGUCCGGGUCUCGGAGGCUUGAUCAUCUCUACAGCCAAGGAGCGCGACUUGUACGUAAAAGCUGGAGAACAUCACCUGGCUAUGGAGGACCAAAACCUCCUCAUUGUAAGCCCUGAUGGUGAUAUCGCAUUCCUUCGACCACCCUUUUUCCGUCUGGAACUUCUGUCUCCGAUGCCUGACGGGGCAGAGGGACCAGCAAUGGUUUUCGAAGAUGCACUCAUGCUUGGGACUUGCACACUCCCUAUCUCCACGAAUGAGACAGACUGUUUAAGGACAUUGCAUCGUCUUGAAUCAUGUCUAAACAGACUCUCCCACAGGUUCGAUGCAGAAGAACGGCGUGCGGCGCGUGAAAUCGAAAUGAUCGAUCCUAGGUAA